AUGUAGUGUAGAUUUAGUUGUUCAUGUUAGUUCAGAUGUAACUAGACUCCUAUUCUAUUGUAACUUGUGAAUAAGUUUUAUAUUACAAACGAGUUGAAAUAAAGUAAGAUUUUUAAUAUACACUGUAUUUAGUGUAGUGUAAUUACAGCGCAGUUGAAAUGGUCCGUUGUGUAGUUUGUAGAUAAAUGUAACCUUUUAAGAUUAACAUAUUUUGUAUUAACAUUAUAAUAUCCGGAAAGGAAGAUAUUUGAGAUUGCUAAAUAAUCAAAACCAGACAAACCAACAAAAUGGAGUCAUCCAGCGACGGAAUGUUUGAUCCAGGCAUAAGCUUCUCCUCUAUGAGACAACCGCCACUCAUCAAACAGUUAAAAGGUAUACUCUCAGAGUACCCGGAUGGUGGCCAAAUUCUGAAGGAACUCAUACAGAAUGCCGAGGAUGCUGAGGCAACUGAGAUCAAUAAAUCUAUGAUGCCAGACAAAUCAAUCAUACUAGUGCUACAAAUGAAAAUUUUAACAAAUUUUUCAACGGUCCAGCUCUUUGUGUCGCAAAUAAUGCGAUAUUCACAGAGAAAGAUUGGGAUGGUAUUCGUAUGAUAUAUAGCAGUGUGAAGGAAGAUGACCCUCUGAAAGUUGGCAGAUUUGGUCUAGGCUUCAAGUCCGUGUUCCAUAUCACAGAUUAUCCCUGUGUUAUCAGCGGCGACAGAAUUUUAAUGAUAGAUCCACAGCAACCGUCAGGCCAAGUAAAUGCAAUGGUUAAAUUAUCCCGAAUUGGAAACCUUGAACUUGAAAAACAUGGACUGAAUGCUGAGGCAUUUUGGGAAGCAUUUGACGGGUUGUUUGGAAUCGAACAAGGAAUAGUUGCCAAUGGUUAUUAUGAUGGUACAUUGUUUUGGUUUCCACUACGCCAGCACUGUUCAGAGGUGUCAGAAACAUUAUAUGAUGAAGAAAAAGUUAUGGACCUGUUCGAAGGAUUACAGCUAGAGGCUUCUUCUAUUUUACUCUUCCUGAGGAAUUUAGAAAGUAUAAAUAUUUAUACACGUAGAAACGGAAAUCCUAUUUCAAAAAUUGUUAAAAUAGAACUACAAGAUACAAAUGGAAGAGUUCGAAAAUACAGAUUUGAUUUUGCAGAAAAAGUAAAAAAAAUAAAUUCAGCUUAUCAGGAGAAAGAUAUAUGGAACGAUGUACAGAUAUCAAUAAACAUAUUAAAAAAAGGAAAGUCUAACAUAUCUAAAUGGAUGGUUGUGAACUAUUAUGUUGGUAGCAGUUCCAACUUGAAUUUUCAAAAACUAAUACACGAUGAGAAUUUCUGUUACAGUCCAUAUGUAGGAGUUGCGGCUCCACUUGAAUCUAAGAAGCGUACUUUUGAGGGGCAUGUGUUUGCCUUUCUACCUUUGCCGAGAGAGGGAUCACGUCUUACCGGACUACCAGUGCAUGUAAAUGGAUUCUUUGCCCUGAGUCAGAAUCGACACCACUUAAAGCUAGAAACGGAGGAACAAAGAGAUAAAAGAAUCGAUGACAAGUCAAUUUUAUGGAACAAAUAUCUUAUUUGUGAAGCCAUUCCUCUUGCAUAUCAGAUCCUUGUAAAUUCAUUGAUACAAAGGUCGAUUGAUUGUGGAAAUGUAUCUGAUUCAAUUGACCAUGUGUAUGCAUGUCUGCCUGAUUCAUCAAAAACACAUCAAACAUGGGCUACACUUGAACAUACAUUGUUUAUUAAGCUGGCAACACAACCCUUUUUAUACAGUACCAAUGUUAACAGUUGGAUACGGCAAAAUGAUGCGUGCUUUGCAACUUUAAGCAACCUACCAAUUGAACACAAACACGUCAAAGAUGCCAUAAAACACUGUCUUACUUCUGUAGGAAAGAAAUACGUAGACAUUCCAAAGGGGCUUUUUGAAACUAUACGAAGGUAUUUUCCUCAACUUCAGGAUCUUACUCCAAAAGUCUUCACAACAUACAUUCAAAAGAACAAAAGUUACAGAAAUAAAGCAUGCCAGGACAAACUGGAUAUUUUAGAAUAUAUUCUAUCGGAGAGCGAAUAUGGGUUGGUACAUGGACUGGAGCUUCUUCCACUGUCUUCUGGAGAAUGGACAAAUUUCAACAAGCGCGAAGCGACAGUAUACAUCUGCCCCGAAGAUAUUUUAAGAAUACUGCCUGGCCUUCAGCACAUUCUUUUGAAGAACAAGUCAUCUCUUAGAAGCACAUUAGCACGUCAGAUAGAAAGCUUGUGUUGUUCAGGUAAGUUUUAUUUAUUUACACUUCAUAAAUAUAAAUACACUUGAUAUAAUUAAUUUACCAAACAUACGUAUGCAUUGCGUUAAUUAUUUCUUGUAACUCUUAUCUUUUUGUUUUUGUUCGCUGCGCUCCAAGGAUUACCUUUCCCCAGAUUAUUUAUGAUUAAAAUAGCAUUUUUUUAUUUGGUCCAUAUUGAUCAUUAUUGCAAUCUAUAUUUUAACUAAUCAAUUUUAAAUUAAAUUUCAAAAUACAUACAAUGAAUCUAUCUUAACGUGAUUGUGUUUAAAAAAUCUGGAGAUAAGCCCAUGAACCAAAACAAUACGAUAAAUAAAGCAGUUCCAUCGAAAACUUGAAAAUAUAUACUACACCCUUUGUCUGUUGUUUCGAUAUCAAUAUAUUUAUAUCUGUCAUUAAACGGUUAAAA